CUUUUUUCAAUCUUCCUCUGAGCUUCACAAUCUAGUAAUCUCCGUUAAUGGCGCUUCAGAUCUAACACACCUCUCAUAUUUAAAACUCUUUUUGAUUUUCUCACCGAGAUCUCUAGUGUUUCUUUUCUUACAACGCAAAAUGUAUAAGCGAGUGGUCUUGUCGUUUCCAGAAGAAGUACUGGAACACGUGUUCUCGUUUAUACAUCUAGACAAGGACAGGAACUCUGUCUCUCUUGUCUGCAAGUCGUGGUACGAGAUCGAGCGUUGGUGCAGGAAGAAAGUCUUCAUCGGUAACUGCUACGCCGUCAGCCCCGCGACGGUGAUUACGAGGUUCCCGAAGCUGAGAUCCGUGGAGAUUAAAGGGAAGCCACACUUCGCGGACUUUAAUUUGGUGCCGGAGGGAUGGGGAGGAGACGUGUAUCCGUGGAUAGAGGCGAUGUCGACGUCGUACACGUGGCUGGAGGAGAUUAGGCUGAAGAGGAUGGUUGUGAGCGACGAGUGUUUGGAGCUUAUUGCAAAGUCGUUUAAGAAUUUUAAGGUUCUUGUGCUCUCUUCUUGCGAUGGCUUCUCCACUGAUGGUCUUGCUGCUAUCGCUUCCAGUUGCAGGAAUUUGAAAGAGCUUGAUUUGCGUGAGAGUGAUGUUGAGGAUGUUAGUGGACACUGGCUUACCCAUUUUCCUGAUACUUACACUUCUUUGGUUUCACUCAACAUCUCUUGCUUAGUCUCCGAGGUCAGUUUCUCUGCCCUGGAAAGGCUGGUUUGUAGGUCUCCCAACCUCAAAUCUCUCAAGCUUAACCGAGCUGUUCCUCUUGAAAAAUUGGCUUCUUUACUUCAAAAAGCACCUCAACUGGAGGAAUUUGGCACCGGUGGGUACAAUUCUGAAGUGCGUCCAGAUGUGAUCUCUGCUUUAUCUGUAGCUAUCUCUGGCUGCAAGAAGUUGAAGUGGUUAUCUGGGUUUUGGGAUGCUCUUCCUGCCUACCUUCCUGCAGUUUAUUCGGUUUGCAGUGGCCUUACAACACUGAAUCUGAGUUAUGCCACAGUCCAGAGCUAUGAUCUUGUCAAGCUUCUUAGUCAAUGUCCUAAACUGCAGCGUCUCUGGGUGUUGGACUACAUCGAGGAUGCUGGUCUUGAAAUGCUUGCUUCAACCUGCAAGGACCUCAGAGAGCUGAGGGUGUUUCCGUCUGAGCCUUUUGUUAUGGAGCCAAACGUUGCAUUGACAGAACAAGGGCUUGUCUCUGUCUCCGCAGGCUGUCCAAAACUCGAGUCAGUUCUCUACUUCUGUCGUCAAAUGACCAAUGCUGCGCUGGUAACCAUUGCUAGGAACCGUCCCAACAUGACUCGCUUCCGUUUGUGCAUCAUUGAGCCGAAAGCCCCUGACCAUCUGACUCUAGAGCCGCUGGACGUAGGAUUUGGAGCCAUUGUAGAACACUGCAAAGAUCUCCGGCGGCUCUCCCUGUCAGGGCUGUUGACAGACAAGGUCUUCGAGUACAUCGGGAUGUACGCAAAGAAGAUGGAAAUGCUGUCAGUAGCGUUUGCAGGAGACAGUGACUUGGGGAUGCAUCAUGUUUUGUCAGGGUGCGAGAGCUUGAGGAAGCUAGAGAUAAGGGACUGCCCCUUUGGAGACAAGGCGCUUUUGGCAAAUGCUUGGAAGCUGGAGACAAUGCGAUCUCUUUGGAUGUCUUCGUGUUCCGUGAGUUAUGGAGCCUGCAAGUUAUUAGGACAGAAGAUGCCAAAGCUCAAUGUGGAAGUGAUCGAUGAAAGGGGUCCUCCUGACUCGAGACCCGAGAGCUGCCCUGUUGAGAGAGUGUUCAUAUACCGAACAGUGGCUGGUCCUCGGUUUGACAUGCCUGGUUUCGUCUGGAACAUGAUGGACCAACAACACUCACUCAACCAUGAGGUUUUCCAGGCAAAUCAUCACUACUAACGGCGGGUCAUAAAAACAAAAAUAAACGAGAGGAACACGAGAUAGAGAGAGAGCUCGGCCUCCAUUAAUUUAAUUAUCGGUCUGCUGCUUCAUGUAAGCAAAACCAAGCUCAGGAUCACUGAAUAAGUGAGGAGAGAGAGAGAUCUGAGAGACCUUUGUAUUUUUAUAUAACAGUCUGUAUGUUUGUUUGUCUACUUAGAGAGAUGAUAAUAGAUUUUUUAAAAGACAAUGUCCAAAAUGUUGUUCAAUUUGUUAGAAUCUACAUUUUUUAAUCAUUUUCAAAUGUCUUUUUUUUAUCUCAU